AAAAUGUCUCGUUUUCUCAGCUUCUGCCUACUCGCCGCCCUCGUCUCAGCUACUUCCGCUCAGUUCACCGAUCAGUGCACUACGCAAGAUUAUGCAGCUAUUACACAAUGCUAUGUGACAUAUAUGGCCGGUUACAACAUCAGUAUGACAACUACUGUUCCUGAAUAUUGGUCCUUCCACUUUGCCAGAAGAGACCUUUUGGAUGCCGAUGGCCUUCAUAUUCAGCCUUAUGUGUGCCAACUCGGGAACGCGUUGAGCAACUGUUUGGCUCCGUACUCCUGCAUGGGACCAAACGCCUACAUGCAAAUGAACGCCGCCAACACCACCGAGGCCACCGACUACUGGAUCGACUUGGCCGUGACAGAGUACCAGUGUGGAGUCGGAUAUAAUUUGACCAUGACCGAGUUCUACUGUAUGGCUUUCUGCCGUGAUCGUUAUCAGCCGAAUAUCGAUCAAUGUGAUGCUCAGGCGGCAAUCGACAUGAAGAAUGGAAUGGAUCCUUGCGCUGCCCAACAAAAGGACUUCAACUGUCAGGCGGCCGUCUACCGCAACUGCUGUGACUGGAACGCCGGUGUCUACAUUUGUAACGUGGAUGUCGCCGGGUCGAAGGCAGUGAAUCCAGCGUGUGUGAAUGCUGGAUUGGUGACCUGCCCAGCGCCAAGAUAAUUUUUUGAAUUUUUUUUUUGUUGCAAAAAUGAAUAAAAUAAAUGAAAUUU